AUGGAUCCAUUAUCCAGAUAUGAUCCAACAAGAAAUAAUUUACUAGUAAUAAGUAUUAAAUCAUUCCUAAUAGGAAUAGUUUUCACACUUGCAACAAUUUUAGAGUUUUAUAAUACAUCAUACACAUCAAUAUUUUUAUAUUUACAAUUUAUAUGCUUAUUCCAUUCAUUAGAGUUUAUAUUAACUUAUAUUUAUAAUAAUUCAGAAAUUGAUGAUGAUUCAUUUAUUUUAGAAGAUAAAGAAUUACAUUUUAUAAAUAUUGCAUCAAUUAUUGAAUUUUUAAUAAAUCCAAUUAAAAUUCAUACAAUAUUUGGAGGUGUUCUACUAUUAAUUAUAGGACAAUUUAUAAGAUCAUAUUCUAUGAUUAUUGCAAAAGAAAAUUUUAAUCAUUAUAUACAAAAACAAACAAAUAAAAAUCAUAAAUUAGUUGAUUAUGGAAUAUAUCGAUAUAUUCGACAUCCAAGUUAUUUAGGAUUCUUUGUUUGGUUUAUUGGAUUACAAUUAAUUUUAGGAAAUAUUAUAAUUUUAGUUGUAGGAUCUAUAAUAUUAUGGAAAUUUUUUAAAGAUAGAAUCAAAUUUGAAGAAGAAUAUCUUAUUAAAUUUUUUGGUAAUGAUUAUGUUGAGUAUAAGAAUUCAACAUCAACUUGGAUGUUUAUUAGUUAA